UAAAUCGACUAGGAAAUUUUCCUCAUACUCUAAUGAGAUAAAGAUCUAUUCCCUAUCAGGAAGUUUCAGCAAUUGUAUACAAAAGUAAGUCAAUUCUGAUUGAUUGUCUUCACACAGUAAGGCAGCUGAGAUGGGCAGUAAAGCAAGCGCCGUACUUAUAUUCCAUUUCCUCUUCCAUGACUUCCUCUGCAUCUCUGCAAAAGAAGGAAAGCAUUCUUUUCUGAAAGAAGCCAACAAGGGUGGGAAAUGGAAGAAGUUGAAGUACGAUUAUAUUAUUGUUGGGGGAGGCACAGCAGGGUGUACUCUGGCUGCCACUCUGUCUCAGAAUAUGUCUGUUCUUCUCUUGGAAAGAGGUGGAUCUCCAUUUGGUAACGAAAACAUAACGCAGAUUCAAAAUUUUCAUACAAAUUUGCUGGACUAUGAAUCGCCCCACUCGCCCACCCAGGAAGUUAUUUUUGAGGAUGGGGUGGUAAGUGCGAGAGCAAGAGUGUUGGGAGGAGGCACCUCUCUCAAUGCGGGAUUCUACACACGUGCGAGUUCAAGUGAGGUGAGAGCCAUGGGAUUGGAGCCAAGCUUGGUGGAGCAGUCUUAUCGUUGGGUGGAAAGUAUAGUGGCCCAUCGACCUCUCCCAAAUGAAUGGCAGGAUGCAGUAGCGAAAGGUCUCUUGGAGGCAGGUGUUUCUCCUUACAAUGGCUCCACAUAUGAUCACAUCCCUGGCACUAAGCUUGGUGGCACAACUUUUAAUCACUCUGGAUAUCGCUCUACAGCUGCUGAUAUUCUUGUUCAAUCUGCAAAUCCAAGAAAACUUAAAGUUUUGCUGUAUGCAACGGUUCAACGCAUUCUUUUUACUACCAAAGGUAUUUUACAGCUUCUCCUCGUUUUUUAA